AUGUUAGAAAUAUUUUGCCCCCUGAUAGACCAGGCCCGAGGGGAGGGGGUGGUGGAUGUCCUGGGGUACGUGUCAACCAUGAGGGAUCAGAGGAAGAACAUGAUACAGACUCCGGAGCAGUAUCAGUGUGUCUUCCAUUGCCUAUUGGAGAUGACAAAAUAUGGCAACACCAGCAUGGACGUUGACAGCUUCAUCAAUUGCUAUCUCAACAGUGGUAUGGACACUACAGUGGACGGAAGGACAUUCAGGCAGAUGUCAGAGAUGCUUACAAAUCAACAAAACGAUGAUUGUCCCUCCCGACACAGGAUGUGGGUGGAUGGUAAUCCUGACUUCAUUGUCCGAGUGGGUCCGUCUAUGACCUAUGUGAGCGGGUACCUUCAAGCGGUUGCCCCGCCAGCUGGGUUGGUGAAGCUGCUGUGGAAGCUGGUGGAAGAGAACAACAUCCACAACAUUGUUGUCGUCACCCCACUGGAGGCUGAUGUUGCUGGAAAAGAGAACGAGGAGAAAAAGUAUGGUGAUGUGACCAUAAAAACGACCCGUCAGAUCAACCUUACUUCAGGCCUCAUUCUUGUGAAUACUGACCUGAUGAAAGUGGGUUAA